AUGCAAAAGGCACUGGUAGAUAGUCAGAAGAAGAAUCUGUGUUUGGCAGAGCUGAGAUCACUCAAUCUGGGAUUAGCAGAUCAGGUCAGUGCUCUUUCUGAUAGCCUUAUCAGACUUGCAAAUAACACCAAAAGUCGUCCACAUUACUAUCACAAUCUGCGAAAUACAGCUGAAAGAACUUGGAAUGCCUUCGUUGCAGUCCACCAUGUCAUCACGCUAAUCUUUAAUUCCCCAGCUUAUAUCAUGCAGAUGGUGAAAGACAGGAUCUUUUUGAAAAUGCUUGAAAAUUUGUUGGAACAAAAGGCCUCACACCAAAGGGAAGCAGCUAUAUGA